AUGAUUGCACCUGAGGAUCAAGAUAAAACCACAUUCACAUGUCCAUAUGGCACGUUUCCAUUCCGGAGGAUGCCUUUCGGUUUAUGCAAUGCUCCAGGUACCUUCCAGCGAUGCAUGACGGCUAUUUUCACCGAUAUGAUGGAAAAUUAUGUGGAGGGCACAGAAAAUCAGGUAGAAGAUCACUUAUCGAGAUUAGAAGAUCGGGGACAUGUGGAUGAAGCAGUGGCAAUUAAGGAGACUUUUCCUGACGAACAACUCUUUGCUCUUCAAUCAGUUGAGGUUCCAUGGUAUGCAGACAUGAUCAGCCGAUCAGAAGGUGUGUUCCAGAGGAAGAGGUCUCAGCGAUUCUCGAGAAGUGUCAGUCAUGACCCUAUGGGGGACAUCACGCCGGAGACAGAACAGCUGCAAAGGUUUGGGACCCCUCGGGCCAGCAUCAGUGAUCAAGGUAUGCACUUUUGCAAUCAGCUCUUUGAUAAAUUGCUGCUCAAGUAUGGAGUGAAACACAAGAUAGCGACUUCUUAUCACCCUCAGACGAGUGGUCACGUGGAGGUAUCAAACAGAGAAAUCAAGAGGAUUUUGGAGAAGACUGUGAGGCUGAUGAUUUUCGGUGGAAAGUUGAAGAGUAAGUGGUCCGCACCAUUCGAGGUAGUUCGUGUGACUGCACAUGGAGCAGUUGAGCUAAAGAAACCCAACUCGGAUGAGACAUUUUUGGUGAACGGGAAAAGAGUGAAGCAUUACUACGGGGAGGCCACUGACCGUGUGAGGUCCACCAUCAAUCUAGAAGAGGCUUGA